AUGUCACAGAGCGAUAUACAGCCUCAGCCCGUUGGCGGCAAUCAAGAAAUCUUACAAGCCAUCCAAGCUCUGACAAACGCUAUAGACUCAAAAGUCCAAUCUGCUUGCAAGAAGCAGAAACUCACCGACACACCUACCUUCAAGAGGGACGGUAAUCAGCAGCAAUUUUCUCAUUGCGAGAAAGUGCUGAACUUAAUCAAAACCUCUCUACAGAACAUCGAAACGCUUGACCUAGACGAAGCAAAAAGCAAUCUGAAAGAAGCAAUCAAAGCCACCAAAGAGCGUCAGAAACUAAUUCGACUCGCCGACAGAUCGGAGCUCGGCUGGGGCGUUGUCAAGGAGUACGUGGCGGAUACCCUCGCCGAGGACUCCAGCGAUGAAAAGAGAAUAAAAAAAGUCAGCAAAGGCCGAAUCCACCACGACCAAGUACAAGGCUUCAUGGACAAAGUGGGAGACCUGGGCUUCAUCAAAACCAGAGAUUACCAAGUUCCCGGUCAACCCAUUCCAAUUUGCACUCUACAUACAUCGCAUCUGUCAUCCACCGGAUCCAAGUCCACCGCCGAACUCGCUGCAGCAGCCGUCAAAUGGGUGCACAGUUUGGCUGGUCUACCCUCACCAACAGACAACAGCAUUGUCAAGAUGGCACUGCAAGGCUUCAAAAGGCAGAACUCUUCACCGACCAUCCGGAAAGACCCAAUCACACCAGACAUUCUGACAAAGCUGCAUACAUUUUUUCCACCAACUGUCCACGCCCAAACAGUCACCGUCACCCUGUUACCAGUAUCUACUGUACAAGGCCAAUCAGCAACACUCACCUGUACCUUCUCACUGGAUGGCCCUGGUGCCUUUAACAACGUCGAAUGGAGACAGAGAGGCACUCUUAUUGCUGACUUUUACAACGGAGCCCAGACACCAACCUACGGCACUGGAUUUUCUGAACCUGAUUAUGUUGCAUCAAGGAAUGAUUCAAUGAGUACUCUGACGAUAGCAAGUACUCACUUGUCUGUUGAUGAUGGAGGAUAUAGCUGCAUGGUGUCAUAUAAAGAUGGUUUUACUAAUUAUCAUGGAGCAGCAACCAGUCAUCUAAUAGUUUAUGUGUUUCCAUCAAGCAUCACCCUAUCCGACUUAACUGGAAGUUACCCUUCUACUGGCGGUACAUCAUAUCUUAUUGAAGGUAUGGCUCGUCAGUUCACCUGUGAGGUACCAGGCAUCAACCCAGGAGCAUCAUUCACUUGGUCUCUGGAUGGAGGAGUCAUCACACCCGAUAACACCGUGAAUGUUACAGGUGCUGAUAAAUUAACUACCAGCACGAGUCUGGCUACCGUAUCACCAGCAUGGAACAGCCACGGAGAGAUGUUACAAUGCCAGGCUUCCAAUAAAGAUGGCCAUGAUGGGAUAAGCAUCAGCGUUACACUUGACAUUAAAGUGCCACCCAAGACCUCAUCCAUGUCAAUGUAUGAUUCCAAUGGAGCGUUCGCACCAGGAGGUUCAGUCAGCGUAGACCAAGAUGCAUCACACACCUUCACAUGUCAGACUCAGUCUCGACCUGCAGCUACCAUCCAGUGGGAUGUCGGUUCUCCCAGUUACCAGGAGAGUAUCAUCGGACCAACCAAUCCAGGCCCAGGCAAUGGUUUGGUUGAUACUACAAGAACCUGGACAUUCACUUCAAACAGAACCAAUCACAGACAGGAUGUGAAGUGCACAGCAAACACGUCCGAGUCGCAGCAACCAUACCCAACAGUCAUGGUUACAUUGAAUGUCAAUGGUCCCCCUGACAUGCCUGUGAUCUCAGGCAAUGCUGGUAGCACAUCUAUGACGGAGAAUGACUCCAUCGUGUUAACAUGUACAGCAGACAUGGGAUAUCCCGAUGACUGGACUCUGGUUUGGUCCAAUGGAGGCUCACCAGGUCCAACUACGAGCUCGUCAGCAUCAGGUGAUCGCUACAGCUUCACCAGCACGCUGGACUACACCCCAAGGAGACAGGAUAAUGGAAACACCAUCACAUGCACAGCAAACAGAGCCCCGUGGAUCCCCGGACCAGUGGGAUCUCUGGGGCCGAUUGAUGUCAAGUUUUGUGCAAGUUCACUAACUGUGACAGGGUCAGACGCAACAGCAGGCAGUACAGUCACAUUAAGAUGUGAGACAACAGAGAGCAGCAACCCAGCUACCACUCUGACCUGGUAUAAGGGUAGCGUACAGCUAACCACGCCCACUGAUCAACCCAACACUCCUGGAGAUAAUGGUGGCAGAGUGACUACAGUCAACUACACAACUGAUGUCCUGGACAGGACUAACAACGGAGACGUGUACAAAUGCUGUGCCACGAAUCCAACCAUCUCAUCGUGUGUUACGCUGUUGUGUAACACGCAUACUUUGAAUGUCGGAUAUCCUCCCGACUUCACCUCAUUGACACAGACUCCGCAAACCCCCGUCACUGAAGGCAUUGAUGUAACCCUGACAUGCACUGUAGAUGCCAAUCCUUCUACUGUUGAUAUCACUUGGAAAAGGAACGAUCCAGGUGAUGCAUUUAACCCAACGAAUGGCCUCACCAGCACACUGACUCUGAGUAACAUCAGGAGGGAGCAGGCUGGCUACUACACAUGUACAGCGAAUAACGGUGUGCCUACAGAUAAUCCUGCUGAUGUGGUUUCAUCUUCAGUAACUGUUAUUGUACAUUAUGAGGUCAAUGUCACCAAUAAGGCAAUGAAUAAAGUAGGAGUAAAAAAUGGUGAUACUGCCGUCUUAACCUGCAUUGUGGUGGGUAAUCCUAAGCCAGUCAUGGAGUGGUAUUGGCCAAACAACACGGAGAUAUUCAGUGACACGGACGGAGGCAAGUUCCUCAUCACCAAUGAGACGUCUGGUGGAGAUGGAGUCUUUGAACUCGAAGUCACCAGCAAGUUGACCGUCAAGACAGUAGAUUCCCAGGUUGACUAUGGGAUAUACAUAUGCAUCAGUUCAAAUGGCAUCGGGAAAGAGGACUCACUGAACAUCACCCUCACUGGAACAAGACGACCAGACAAGCCUACUAGAGUUGAGAUAACUGAGCGGACGGCAGAGUCUCUGACUGUGACAUGGACACCUGGCUAUGAUGGUGGUGAGACUCAGUCGUUCCGUGUCAGCUGCAUCAAGACAUCAGACUCCACAGAUGUAUUCACUGAGGACACAGAUUGGAAGACAACAUCCACAGCAACGGGUCUGGAUGACUACACAGAGUAUGAGAUCAGGGUGUAUGCCAAGAAUUCCAUCGGUGAAAGCAUUGGUUAUGGCAACGCAACGGGAUAUACACUGCGCUAG